GGGGGCGUGGCGCGGCGGCGGUGCCGCGCCGAGCGGGCGCGGGAUGGAGCGGGGGGCGCGGCUGGAUCCGCUGUCCUGGCAGCCGGCUUCCUGAGGAACCUGGCUCGCCGCCGGAAAUGAACCCAGGAAGUAAUGUGAAAGGUCAUGUGAAGCUUUGUCAUAGCAGAAAUUUUCUAAAAGAUUGCUUUACCUAAUUUCAGAAAUUGAGAAGGGAUAAGUGGAAGGAGAAAAUGUUGGGCUGGUGCCAAGCGAUAGCUCGUAACCCUCACAGACUUCCAAACAGCACAAGAACACCCGAGGUCUCAGGUGAUGCUUCACAUAACUCUACUUUGAAUGACAAAUCCCCAGGGCGUUCCACAAGUCUAUCAAGUAAUAUUUCAAAAGCAAGCAGUCCUACAACAGGAACAGCUCCCAGAAGUCAAUCUCAGUUGUCUGUCUGCCCCUCUACUCAGGACAUUUGUAGAUCUACUACCUUGCAUGAUUUGUCAGAAGAUGAGCUUGAACAUGCAACCCCUGUCAUGGUGCUGGCCCCUACUAAUAGGGAGCCUGGUGGUAAGAAACACAUAAAACAAUUUAGGCAGAAAAGAGAGACUGGAGACAAUGGUGCGCACACAGAAAAGCAAGGAAAGGGGAGAAACUGUAAAUUGCAUCCUGAGCCUCCGAGAUCCAGCUGGAAUGCAUCCAAUUCAUCAUCAUCUUCAGAUGAGAGUCAGUGGGCUCAGGCUAGGAGGAGAGCAAGAGAAAAGGCCAGGAUGGCCAGGAGAGGGAGAAGAAACAAUAGAUCAUGCAGUAACCAGGAUGGGCCCUCAAACAAUAAUGCUGUUGAACUUGUCACCUUGGGGACAAUGGGAAAAGAGAAACAAGAGGUGUCUGACCCUGAGAAUCCGACUUUAAAUCACCGCCAAAGGAUUCCAAGGCUCAAGGAAUCACAGUCUUCAGCAUCAUCUCAGGAAGCAAGGAUUUCCUCCAGAAAAUGUGGGAAAAACAAAGGGAAAAGCUACCACAGAGAUCGGCAGCCGGCACCUUUCCUUAGACACGUGAAGGACUCCUUUGCAGAGGCAGGCUCUGGCAGUGAUGCUCUGGCAGUCCCAGAUCAUGGAGCACCUGCUGGGGCAGGGCCCACUGUGCCUCAUGCUGUUCAGAAGCCUCCAGUGUUUUAUGAUGACUGGUCUGAUGAUUUAGAAGUAUGCAGGAUCUGUCACUGUGAGGGAGAUGACGAAAGCCCCCUCAUCACACCGUGUCACUGCACAGGGACGCUGCGCUUUGUGCACCAGGCCUGCCUGCACCAGUGGAUCAAGAGCUCGGACACGCGCUGCUGUGAGCUCUGCAAGUACGACUUCAUCAUGGAGACCAAGCUCAAGCCGCUCCGGAAGUGGGAGAAAUUACAGAUGACAACAAGUGAGAGGAGAAAAAUUGUGUGUUCAGUCACAUUCCAUAUAAUUGCAGUUACCUGUGUUGUUUGGUCAUUGUAUGUUUUAAUUGACAGAACUGCUGAAGAAAUUAAACAAGGCAAUGAUAACAGUGUCCUCGAAUGGCCAUUUUGGACAAAACUCAUUGUGGUGGCCAUUGGAUUCACAGGAGGCCUGGUCUUCAUGUAUGUGCAGUGUAAGGUUUACGUCCAGCUGUGGCGCAGGUUGAAAGCCUACAACAGAGUGAUCUUUGUUCAGAACUGCCCAGACACCGUCAAAAAACUGGAGGAGAAAAACUCUCUGUGCACUCAGCGCUUGGAGGUGAAGGAUGCAGUGGUGGUGCCAGUAGCACAGACAGGUACAAACUCCCAGCCGGCAGCGGAGGAGGCGACAUCGGCGGUCAUGCCAGUUUGACAUGGACAGCAUUGCUUGUUCCUUGCAGAAUAAGCCGUAGUGUUUGCUACACUACAAAUGCUACAAGAAAGUAGAAAUGACUGUGCAUUUUUUCAGUUAAAAAAGACCCCAACCAAACAACAAAAAAAUACCCCAUACAAAAACCAAAACCGUACAAGGAAAAUGGAUCCAGCAAAGCAACUUGUUACUGUAUGGAAUGUGACCGUUUGUGGCGUAGUUUAGCAACUAUAGUCAGCAAGUGUAGUAAAAGUGGAAGUGUAGAAAGUGCAAUAGAGAACAGGUUUAGCAGACAAUGCCAAACCAAUGCGACAAUGUACUUUUUUUUUUUCCUAACUGGGAAAGUAGAAAACAGAAGUGAUACAAUGAUUUUGUUUACAGAAGACACAAAACCUUUCAUCUGUUUACUGCUAAAAGUUGUAUUUGCUAUUCACCUUUUCAAGGUACGCUUCAAAGGGUACCAAAUCCAAGUCAUAUGCGUUAACAGAAAAGUACAGAGCUGUAUUGCAGCACUCCCUUUCUAAGCCUUAUACGGUAACACCUUCAUGUGACUGUAGCGGAGCCUGAAUGUUUGGGCAGCUGUGUCAGCUACGGAUAUUUGAACCAGUUGUUUUUAACUAUGGCUGGAUUUUUGAAAAGUAAGCAGUUCUAACCAGUAUAAACUCAUGUCUCCAUAAGCUACAGAUAGUUUUUUUAAAUGUCAGGGAAGUAAGUACAAGAAGGAGAGAAUAUAUAGAUAUGCAUUUAGAACAGCAGCUCUGCUGUUUAUUUUACUUUAUAGAAAUGAAUUAGGCAUAAAUUGGAUACACGAUGUAUUGAGACAGAAUUAUAAAUGAAAAAAAAAAAGCAGUUUACUGCAGAAUUACACAGAAGUGAAUUGUCUGUUAUCAAAGGUGUGAAAAAGGAUGACACCUACUGAAGAUGGAAGCUACUUUUGGUUUUAUUUUUUAAGAUUCAUGAUACAGAAAGUUAGAUGUAAGAGGACAUACCUACCUAUAUAUCUUAAGAAAACAUUAGUUUUUAUCUCCUUGUUCUAAAAAGCUAGUUUUUAUCUUCCUCACUGAAAAAACAAAUCAAUGGUUUCCUUCUGUACAGAUAAACUUAAGGUGUUAGAGAUUCAACAGUUCAGUUGUUAAUUUCGUGUUUUGAGCACUGGCAUAUAAAAAUGAAGUAUGAAUAGCAUUAAAAGGUGCAAUAGAUAAAUGAAUGUAGAUAUAAUACUGUGUCCAACAGGAUGAAUUAUAUACAAAGAACAAAUUUUGUGAUUCACUUUGCAAAACUGUGGUGUUUACUACAAAGACACAAGAGCAAGUGUUGACUUGAAGUAGUUAUGUACUGGUGUGAACAAGUCUGGGGCCUGAACAUAAUGUGUAUUUUAAAAAGAAGUUAAAAGUUAUUUUUUAAAUCUUGUAUUGAGUGAAGGAGGAAAAGCAAAAAAGCAAAUAAAGAACCAGAGUAAUGAGGACAGGAGAGAUUCACUUAAAGGAGGGGUAUCUGCCACAAUUACAAGUAAACUAGAGUUCUACAGAAGCCUUGAAGUUUCUGCUGGUAAAUUUUCUCUUUAUACACUCAAAUAUUUACAGUGAAAUAACAGAAUCAUCCCAUUCUUGCAAAUACCCAGGCUGCUGGACCUAAAAUAUAUUGGAACUUAUAUACUAGGUAUUCCUUUGUGAAUGUUUACUGGCUUAAGGCUCAGGGAAUACUAGAAGUAGCAGUGUUAGCAAGAAAUGUGUCUUUAAUCAGGUCAUUAUAUUCUUUUGUAUUUGAAUUGCUCUUGUAAUUUGGCUGUUACUAAGUGAUUGUUAUCUGACUAGACAGGACACAAAAUCUUGGUGCUUGAAUGGGUCCUUAAUACACGUCAAUAUUUCCUGUAAGUUACUCCAGGUGAGCUGGAUUAAUGUUGAAGAUUUUUCAUGUAAUGGCAUACACUUUUUAUAUAAAAUAAUUUCUCAACUAUACAACUGCAACUUCCAAUUGUAGCAGAUUCUUAUUUGAAAAGACAUAAGAGAAACCAAAUCAUUUCUCCAUUUAAAAUUGUGGAGGAGAUUUCAGAUGGUCUUCAGAGCAUGAUGACAUGUCUAAGGAAUGUCUUGUAACUCCACAUUUAAGAUAGUCUGCAAUGGCAUGGUUUUCAAAAAGCUACUUGUUAAAAGGUAAAUCUCAUGAUAUCUGAUGUCAGACACUUAAAAUUACUAACUGCAUCUGAAUGUUUGGAAGGAUGUUUACAAUAAACCUGCAGAUUCAGCAAAAUUAACUGACAAGGAACAUAAUUAUGAAGGAUAAGUAGGAGCUUUCUGAAAUAAUAGUUUCUUCCUAAGUGAAAGUAACCCUGCUUCUUUAGCCAGCUUGUUCUUUGACUGCAGUAGCAUCAUGACCCCACUGAAAGUACUUUAGCCCCUAUUUUGUCAGUUUACUGGAGAGUAAUUCACAUUGGGGUUUUUUUAUUGAACAUGUAUAAAAUUCACCUUGAAGAAGAAAACAGUUGAAGAUUCUCAAAGCAGAACUGUAGCAUCCAACAGUGAUAAAUAAACCUCCUUUAUUUCCCUUAAGGGUCUAAGCUAGCUCAGUCCUUCUCAGGCUUAGGAGGAAUAUAUCAAUAGACAGGAAAAAGGAUUCAAAAGAGGCUCUCACCCUUAGCUGCAGUGAUGUUUAUUUCCAGAUGGUGUCCGGGGAAAGAGAGGACGUCCCCAGGGGGACAGGGUCUUUUCUCAGAACUUCUGAGGGAGGGGCAAGCUGGCACACAGCCAAUGGGGUCAAAAAGGGAAGGAAGGGUCAGACUACAUGACACGAGCUCCAGGGGUCCCUGAGGGGGGAGAAACCAUUCCCACAGGGGAAUGUAACAUCUCCUCCUUUUUUUGUUUAAAAAGAUAUUGAGAAAAAUUCUCAAAUUCAGUUUGACACGGAGUGUGGGUUUUCCCACUACUUAUGGUUGGUAGGGAAACUAGAUUGCUUUAGGUUUGCUAACUCUAUAUGGUUGACUUCUGAGGUAGAAGAUAUGAGGCUGUUAAUAGCCUUGAAAAUCAAACAGCAUAGGAUCUCAAAUACUAUGGUUACAAGGAAAAGGAUAACAAAAAGUAACAAAAUUGUUUUAGCUACAGAAGUCCACUACCUAGUGAAUCUCUAGCUCUUGAACAGUUCCUUGAUCUCAUCUUCAGAUUCUUGCUUUACUUGUCCAAUCAUGUUGUUCAUGCUUCGGAGGGCAGCAUGGAUAUUUGGAGCUUUUGAGGACAGAUUCAUGCAACAGAGUCUUUCAAAUUUCUGGCACUCAUGUCUAUGCAAUAGCAAAAGAUAAUCAAUAGCAGCACGGUUCCAUUCCCACAAGGGAAUGUAACACAACAGAUUUUACAUUUUUUAAAAAGACACUGAAGAGUCAGCAACAGAAAAGACAAUGUGAAAACUUUUAUAGCAAUGCCUUCAACUUCAAACACUGUUCUGGCACUCAACCAUAUAUGCAACUGAGUUUACAGUUAAUUAAAUAAAAGAUAGCAGAAAGACUUCAGUGGAAAUUCAUCCUCUCCCUUGGAAAUAUUGAAUGUGGACAUCAGGAAAAGGAGGAAAAUGGGACACUGCUGAGAUGGAUGAGACAAGUCACCAGCAAGAGAGAUUUCAGCUGGCUUGAAGCAGCCUUUAACCUUUUAAAGCAUUACAGUGUUGGCCUGUGCAUCCCUUUCUCUUCUUAGAUGCACUAGAUUUUCUAGAGCUUUCAGGGAUUUCAUGCAGGAUUGGAAUUUGUUUCUGAAGCAGGGUACAACCUCAUCAAGAGGGCAAGGAGCUAUUCAUACCACCAUGCCUUGGAUUCUGGUCUUCAGUAAUAAGGAAAGUACAGGGAUAGAGAAACUAGACACAUCAUUAUCGAUCAAUACUUUUUCAGUCCCACAAAAAGUACAAUUUUCUGUAUUAAUUUAUUAACCACAGUAUUCUAUCCUAAAAAAAGAGAAAAAGCCCACAAAACCUAAACAGAACAGUAUACUGAAGGUUUUAAGAUGAAGUCUAAAGACUUUUUAAUGAAGAUGCCAUCUCAAAGAACCGUAUCAAACUCCUGUGUAGCCACAGUGCAGCUCUGGCAAAUAUGCUGACAGUGGAAUUUGGCCUGGCUAAACCCACAAGGGCAGAACCUGGCUCUGAGCUGCCAUUAGCGAGAACAGCUUAAUCUGCAUUCUUGUUUAAACCAAGUUUUAAUAAAGGUAAGUAGAGGUAAUUUGGUGUCAGGUCAGAUCUGGAAGUUUAAACAAGAUACUCCUGUACUCACUCCUGUGAACAUGCACAUUUCUUUUCCUGUUUUUAAGUUAUAGGCAUUAUAAAGUUUAUUUCAAACUGGCAUAAACAUACCACUUUUGACUAUCAGUAGCAUUACAAAGAUUCUUGACUAGUCCAACUGUGCCAUUCACACACUGCUCUAUUUGAAGGUAAUGUUUAUUUUUGAUGUGUAGAAAAAAUAGUAAUUCCCCAUCUCCAGAACAAACGGUUUAUAAUUUCCAAUAAUGCAAUGAAACUUACACUCUGAUGAAAAUAUUUUACUGUGUAUAAUAUUUGGAAUUACCAGUUUGUGUUGUUUAACUCCCUCUCUUUUGCAAAAGAAAAAGUGUAUGUUUUUGUGGGUGAAUGUGUACUGGAAGACAGAAGGUAAGGGAAACAAAAGUAAUGUAUCUGCUUAAUGUUGUGAAAAAAAUGUAUCUGUAUUAAACAAAUUACUCAAAGUACUGCAGUAUUUAACAUGUCGCCUUGUUACCUAGAGCAUCACAUGCUGAACAUGAAUUGGCAAGACCACACUCUUGCAAGAAAGGUGAAGAAUAUACUCAGUUGCUUACUUAAUACUGAUAAACCUGAUAAGAUGCAAGGGGCUACUUUUGGGUACCCCGCCUUGGCAGAAUGCUCAGGACUAUACCUCAUAAUACAAAAACACUUGAAAAGACUUCUAGUUAAGUGCUUAAUUUGCAGUCUUCAACCCUAUAAAGAAGCCUAGAAAGCAACUGGUUUUGCAUCCAUAGAAUAAUGGACAACUAGUACUGGGUGUCAACUCCAAGGAGGUAAGAGGAUGGAAGUUUCCUAAGGAAAGGACUGCCUUGGUACAAACCCUUAUAGAAAUUUUGGAAUGUUCAACACAUAAAAGCUUUAAAUAUGGACUCAACAGUUAAAUACUUUAAAGCUAAUCCCAGCUCAGACUCUCAGCAGGGAUCCUGUUCCUUUUUGUAUUAUUUUAUACUUUGACUUGGUGAGGUUUUCUCCUUUUUGAAAACCCUAAAGGCAUUUUUUUUUAAUGAAGAGGAAUAUUGCAUGUUUGCAUUACAAAAAAGCCUGUGCAUUUGGGAAAUGUAAAACCAAAGAAAAUAUCUUACCUUGACUAAAACAUAAUGUUCCAACCAAGGUCCAAAUUUAGUUUUCUACAGAUCCACCUACCCUCUAUCUUUCUGCUAGAUAGGGAGCUGGGGAGAGAGUGGGCUAUGUUUCAAAACACCACAAUUCUAGCUGGAAUAAGUCAUCAUAUGGCUGAUGAUUGAUAAGAAUAUAUGUUCAAAACACAGAAGUAAUGUUCUAACAAAUUUCAUUCUGUUCAUCCAAGGCUAGCCACUUGUUCAUUUUCUUACAGCUGCCCUAACUAGCUCACUAUGUAAAUCCAAAUGGAUUCACAAAUCCCUGCAAGAUACAGAAGAAACAGCAUAAACAAAGAAGUUACAGUAGUAAAGAUAUUUUAACUUGCAUUUAUUAGCAUG